GUUCAGACAAUAUUGGUUUUAGAAAAAAGGGGAAAUGACUUCGUCGGAAGUAGUCUUCGUGAUGCCGAAGAGGAAAAUGGGUUGAGAAAAGAAGACAGUUUUUAAAAAUAUGUACAUUGAGCUACUAUUCAUUUUAAGAGAAGACCAAAGAAAUACGAAUAUCACUUAAGCUCGAACUUCAGAUCACGUGUAAUUUGAGGUACGGAACCCUAAGACCGCAGAAAAUCGAAGCAGGUUUCGCGACAGAUGAUCAGGUGUUCUUCGUGGUACACUCUAUAAAAGAAGACUGCAGCAAAAAUAUAUAUUUAUGUGGUGUCUCAUUUCUUCAUAUUGCUAAUUAAACAGGCAUUAUAUAGACUAUAUAUCAUAUCUACUAUAUAUACGUAUAUAUGUACGUAUUUUUAAAAAUUCUGAAAUAUUUGCUUCAAAAGUGAUCUUCUUUAUUUCAUUAAAAGUCAUCUUACAUCGAUAUAGACCUUUGAUAUUUAAAUAACCACACUAGUAUUCGCAUCAUUUUUCCAGCUGAACCCAUUACGAAAUGCCACUUUGCCGAUGAAAAAUGCAUGAUCGAGCAGGCGCACAAGUUGUUCAAAAAAGCUGCCACAGGUGUGCCUGAAAGGGAUAUACCAGCUUUGGAACCGUUGAAGUUGGAUAAAAUCGAAAUGUUGGGUGAUAAAAAUAGUGCAUUAAAAAUUGAAGGCGCGUAUCAUAUCUAUUAAAGGCUUCAGCAAGGAUCUCAGCAAACCAAUGAAACUUGUCUCGCAAAAUAUCAAUCCACGCAUCACCAUCAAGUCGAAAUAUAAAAUUAAUGGCAAUAUACUUGUCUUGCCUAUUACAGGUGAAGGUGAACUCACGAUGGUGUUGGACAAUGUAAAAACCCGCUUUUCGACCACACUCAAAGUGGAGAAGCGUGAUAGCAAACAUUUUUUGUCUGGCGAUACUAUUAAACUUGAAACCCAAAUGGAUAACGUUCACAUCGAUAUGACAAAUCUCUUCAAUGGCGAUAAAACGCUCUCUGAGAGCAUGCUCCAGGUAAUGAACGACAACUGGCGCUUACUCAGUGAUGAUCUAACUCCAAUUAUCAACGAGGCAUUAGGAAAUAAAGUAAAGGAAUUGCUGCAGAAAUUCUUCAAAGAUAUACCCUAUGAAGAUUAUUUUUUAACAGAUUAAAUUAAAGAGUUUGAAUAAAAAAA